AAUUUUUACACUUUGUUUCCUUUUUUUUUUGGAUUAUUGUAAAAAGGUGAAAUAGUUAUGAACGAUAAAAACUUUUCUUUAAUGGAAAACUAUAUUCCGUCUGGUUAUGUCCAGCAAGGAAAAGAUGCAAGGAGAACUUUAGAAAAGCAAUUUAGAAUACUUUUAGAGCAGGGUAAACUUCCAAUUCAUGGGUGGAAUAAUCGUGAUAUACAACAUUUAUUGCUUGAACUAUCACUUAUGGAUAGCAACAAUUUUCCAGAUAACUGUGGAGUUGGUGAAAGAGAAGCACGGUUUUCAUCUACUUUGGUUGCAGAAAGACAUUUUUUUUUUGGACACGGCAUUGGUAGAUCAGGGGAUAUCGCUGAAGUUCAACCUAAAGCUGCUGGUUCUUCAAUAUUAGCUAAAUUAACAAAUUCGAUUACUUUGGACAUACUAAAGCUAUCAGGUGUAUCAUCCACAAAAGGUUGUUUAGUUUUACCUGUUGCAACAGGAAUGGCUCUUGUUUUAACAUUAUUGGCAUUAAAACAGAUGAAACCUUGCUCUAAAUAUGUUAUUUGGCCUAGAAUUGAUCAAAAGUCAUGCUUUAAAUCUAUUUUGACUGCAGGAUUGGUACCUUUGGUUGUUGAGAACAUAUUAAAAAAUGGGCACUUAGAAACAGAUGUUGAGAGCAUUGAAAAGUACAUAAUAGAUUAUGGCAGUGAAAAUAUUUUGUGUGUCAUGACAACAACAAGUUGCUUUGCUCCCAGAAUUCCUGAUAGAUUAGAAGAAGUUGCAAUUAUUUGUAAGAAAUUGUCAGUAGUCCACAUUGUUAAUAAUGCUUAUGGUGUUCAAUCCAGUAAAUGUAUGCAUUUAAUACAACAGGCAAAUCGAGUUGGUAGAGUUGAUGUGUUUGUCCAAAGCACAGACAAAAAUUUCAUGGUUCCUGUUGGAGGGGCUAUUGUGGCAGCUUUUGAUAUGAAUUUACUUUCAAAAAUUAGCAGAACUUAUCCAGGAAGAGCAUCAGCAAGCCCUAUUACAGAUUUAUUUAUUACUCUUUUGUCGCUAGGUGUUGAGGGUUAUAAAAAAUGCUUAGAAGAUCGUAAAAUUGUCUAUGAAUAUUUAUUAUCGAGUCUACAAGAAGUAGCCAAGUUGUACAAUGAGAGUGUGGUUGAAACUAGACAAAACCAAAUUUCAAUUGCAAUAACAUUAAAACAUCUUUAUGAUAUCUGUGGAAAUGACUAUAACAAAAUCAGUGAAUUUGGUUCAUUUUUGUUCAAAAGAUCAGUUUCAGGGACAAGAGUUGUAACUACACAAGAAGAAAAGGUUAUUGGACCAAAUACUUUUUGUGGAUGGGGUGCACACUACAACAACUAUCCUACUCCGUAUCUGACUGCUGCUGCCGCACUUGGGGCUACUAAAACUGAUGUUGAUCGUUUCAUUAAAAAACUUAACAAAGCCUUCAAGCACUUUUAUAAAAAUGGUUUGAUGAAUUUGCAAAAAGAGUCACAUGGAAGUUCUUUAAAUAGUCGAGAAACUAUGUGCAAUGAAGGCAGUUCUAUUAAUUCAUUGACAUUUUGCAAUAAAAUGGAUUGCAGUGAUAGUUCUAAUCCAGUUUUGGAUAAAACCUGUUUUAAAAAUUUUCAAAAAUUUAAUAAGUUUGAUUCUGUUAAAAACGUUUUUAAAAAUGAUGCAUCGAAAAAUAUAUUUAUUGAUAUUAACAUUGAUUGUAAGAAAUUUCAGAGACUUAAAAAAGCAAGUUCUUGCCCUUCGUUACACAUGGAAAAGCUACACUGAUUCACCGAUGAUUUGAUUUAAUUCAAAAGAAUAAAGAUACUUUAACACCGUAAAUAAUUUUCAUAUUAACGUAAUAAAAAUAUUGUAUAAUACAUAGCUAAUAUUUUGAGACACGUUUUAUCUAUGUAAUAAAAAUAUUCUUUCGUAAUAAAA